AUGGCAGCGGUUAUGGAUGUCUGUGUUGCUCAUAAUGUUGCUUGGUUGGCCGGAACACAAAAGCAGGAGAGGCGGCAGCUGCCCAAAGACAAGAAAACAGUCUUCCGGGCAACGUCCAGCAGCCAGACACUCCCCGCUGUCCCGCCGGCGCUUCGAACCACUGGAAGCUGGACCAACCGUAAAGCUUCAAGUAAAGCUAGUGGAGCGGAGCAGUCUAGUUGCUCUUCAAUCGCCAACAUGGAAUCCCGGGAGAAUAGGUCGUCCACCGACACGGCCCCAUCACUCCAGGACUCCCCUUCAUCGUCAUCAUCGUCAUCAUCGUCAUCAGGAUCCCCGUCGCCGCCAAGGGAACGUAAGCAGUCUUGCUCGCCGCCGCCUCCAAGUCCGGUGACACUUGCUGACGAGCUAUGUUCUCUGCCUCUUGUCAGCCCUGUUUAUGUGAAGGUCAGUGCUGUCCACGCAAAGUUGUGUCGGAUGUUGCCCUUCUUCGCUAUCAUCAGUGCGUGGCUCACCAGUGCUGCAGCAGCGGUGGUGCGUCGCGUCUCCCAAUGUUGCUUGGUCAGGAUCUUAAUUGUUACAAUGGAAAAACCGGUGAUGUGGGCGCUGGGUACAGCAAGAGGCGAGCAUCAGUUGCGGCCCGAGGACCUCACCCAGAAGUUGCUGCGUAGAUUGAAGAAAGAGGUAGUGCAAACAACAUCUAAGGUGGCCCGCCUUCCGUGGCGUGCGACAGUGACCGCUACCGGCAGAACUUGCCACUUUCUCGAGGCUCUCAAGUUUGAUGAACGGCAGCCUUGCUUGGGAGAAGUGUUCAUCAUUGGGCGACUGCAGCAAGUCUACAACCGUACUUUAACCGGCAUUACAAUGCGGCUCAGGACUUGUCACUGUGCCCUGCAAGGACUCCAAAACCGACAAGAGGAUGGAACAGAGGAUCCGAACAACUGUAACAAGAGGAAACGCCAUGAUGACAAUGACGGCGGCCUAGCGUCAGACAGCAGUUCAGAUGAGGAUUCUGGCACUAACUCCAAGUCUGCUCCAGCAGUAGAUGACAGUCAAACUGAUGAAGGAGCAGAGGAAACUAGGAAAAUUUCUCCCGUGGCCGUAAGGGUGACAAGUUACGACUGAGACUCCACCAAGAGCGCAUUCUGUCAGCAAAUGAAAGGAAGGCUGCCAUAAGAGUCCGGCCUUGUUUGCUAAUGAAUCUCACUUUGUGUUGUUUACGGGAUUGCCGUGUUCCAUCGCUGAAGAGGCAUCUAAUGUAAGAGAACCAGUUUCGUAGCAGUACUAAUAAGGGAAGGUCAUUUUUUACCUCCGUGUGUACCAUGAAUUCUUCUGGUCGUGCAGGUUAAAGAUGUUCUAUCAAAUUAAAACAGAGAUAUUGUAUUGAUUUGAAGUAGGUCUUUCUCUGGUUCAGUGUUAAUAAAAAAGAUAUAGAUC